CGUGUCUCCGGAGACAGAUCUGUAUUCUACUGCUCCAGACUGAGGCUCAGGGUGCCUCCAGCGCUUCAGACGAGCCUCUACAACACACAAACACUUUUCAGCUGUCAGGACUCUUACACCUGCUCUGCUGCUCAGCUCACACGAGACUGUAACGGAGGAGACGCUUAAGGGAGAAGAUCAUCCAUCUAUUUGGGAGAAAUGAAACUUGAAGUUUUCUCUGCGCACCACUUCGCGCAGAAGCCGCUGGAGUUGUGCAUGGACGCAGAGGGGGGAGUCCCGUCUCCUCUAUCCGGGGACGAGCUGGGGUCGGACGGGGACUGCGUGGCCAACAGCCCGGCACCUGUCGCGCAGAGCGGCGACGGCAGCAAGGGGAAGCCCUACACCCGCAGACCCAAACCCCCUUACUCCUACAUCGCCCUCAUUGCCAUGGCCAUCCGGGAGUCCAGCAGCGGCCGCCUCACUCUGGCUGAGAUCAACGACUACCUGAUGAAGAAGUUCCCGUUUUUCCGCGGCAGCUACACCGGCUGGAGGAACUCGGUGCGCCACAACCUGUCACUCAACGACUGCUUCCUCAAAGUUCUGCGGGACCCCUCCAGGCCCUGGGGCAAGGACAACUACUGGAUGCUCAACCCGCACAGCGAGUACACCUUCGCUGAUGGGGUGUUCCGCCGCAGGAGGAAGCGCAUCGCCAAGAGGUCCAACAAGGAGCGGGAGAGCCCGGACAUCCUCAGCGAGGACACCCACCUCCCCGCCCCGGAGGAGAGGGUGGGAGCCAAAUUCUCCAGCUCCUUCGCCAUCGACAGCAUCCUCAGCACCCCCUUCAAACGGAGAGAGGACGUUGAUGCAGAGACCCACGCCCCCCGGCUCUACUGGCCCCCAGGGGCCCACAUACUGCCUUACACUCUCAGCUACCCGGCACAGCACGCAUACCUGUCAGAGGGGGCGUACAGCAGCAGCACAGAGCCCAGCAGGGAUGCACUCACAUACCUCCAGCAGACAGCACCGGGCAUGGCCCCACCUGAGGCCGCUCUCCACGCGCUCAAGAUGUCCAGCAAGGCGCGAGGUUUCCAUAUAGAUUCUUUGCUGUCAUAAAGCACCCGGACUGCUGUCAGACUUGUAUGUUUUGACCCAUGAUGUGCACUUUUGGGCGCUCUUAGCUUUCAGUGCUUUAGCUGUUUAACUGUUUGGGACUCUGUCUGUCACAUCAUGACUACUGUAAGUCAUUCUGCAGUGAAAAAAAAAAAAACAAACAAGACGUGUCGUCAAUAUAGAUCUAACUGUGUGGUGACUUUGCAAAGAGUUGCUGUCAUCGCAGGACAUUCCACUGUGUGUGCGCAGCGUGUGUGUAUGAGUGCGUGUGUGUGUGAUGAAAAUGUUUAGAGAGAGAGUUUGGCUGUCAUGUAUCCAUGGUUCAUUGGUCAUUUCCACUGUAUGACGGCAACCAAGCGCGAUGUUGAAACAUAAAACUAUUAAUCUAUUUAUAUUUCCAUGUUUUGUAUGACCUGCUGUAUAAAAUAUUGUUGUACAUAUAUAUGUAUAUAUAAAAUAUUGACUGAGCUGCGAUGAGAAUCACGUGGCUGCACGAGAAACGCAUGGAAAUGCCUGAUGUUUUCCUAAGAUUGAUUCAUGCAUGCCUGGUAUUUUUAUGAAUAAAAAAACGUGUCACAAUGGGA